AAAGGCUGUGAGAAAAAAGAAAAAACGACAAAGACGUCUCGGAGAGAAAGGAAAAAACGACAAAGGCUCGUGGGUUUGAACCCUAAAACCUGAUGAGAGCAUGAAACUACUCGAACUAAGCCCCGCCAGCGAACACCUCGAAGCAAUCACAGUCCAUCCGUAUACUUAAAAGCCAUCUCGUCAGUUCGCCACCAAAAAGCCGCCUUUAGUCCGGUUCUCAAUAUAAACCGAACCGGAACCCAAGCAAAACCGAGCAGAAAUGGACUCGUCGCCACAGCCAAUAAUCUCGGACCAAGUGAUCGUCAACGGCGCAACGACUCUGUUAACUUUGACCGCAGGUGGAAUUCUCCGGUGGACGGAUCGAGGUCAAAGGUGUUUGACCGUCGAAAAAGAAGUUCUUGGAUUUGUAAUCGAAGGAAGUAAGAUAAGAGUGAAAACUAUUAUCGAUAACGGAGAUGGAAUCUGCUGUGCAGGUAAUAGUGGAGCUCUUGUGAGGAAAGAUUUCGUGUUUCAGCCUCUAACUGAAGACUCGCAGCGAGUUUUGUGUAAUCGUCUCCGUGAUUACCUCGAUUCUCUAGGUCGUCCAAAGAGAUUGCUUGUAUUUGUGAAUCCAUUUGGAGGGAAGAGAUCUGCAUCAAAGAUAUUUUUUGAUACUGUCAAACCUUUACUUGAAGAUGCUGAUGUUCAGAUUACAUUGCAAGAAACUAAACAUCAGCUUCAUGCAAAGGAGGUCACUAGCACUCUGGAUAUUUCUAAAUACGACGGUAUUGUUUGUGUUAGUGGAGAUGGUAUUCUUGUGGAGGUGGUAAAUGGACUUUUAGCAAGAGAGGACUGGAGAGAUGCAAUAAAGCUGCCUCUUGGAAUGGUUCCUGCAGGUACAAGCAACGGUAUGGCAAAAUCUCUUCUGGAUUCUGUUGGUGAACCCUGUAAAGCAUCUAAUGCCGUUUUAGCAAUAAUACGAGGUCAUAAGUGCUCACUGGAUGUUGCUACUAUCCUGCAAGGAGAAACAAAAUUUUUCAGUGUCUUGAUGCUUUCAUGGGGUCUAGUAGCAGAUAUUGACAUUGAGUCUGAAAAGUACCGGUGGAUGGGAAGUGCUCGUAUUGACUUUUAUGCUGUUCAACGAAUAUUCCACUUAAGGCAUUAUAAUGGGUGCAUUUCUUUUGUGCCUGCACCUGGCUUUGAAACUUAUGGGGUGCCAACCAGUUAUAAUGCUGAAUCUACUAGCAAACAAGAGCAGCCUCUUAAGACUCAACAUGGUUAUCAGGGACCUGAUGUUAACUUAGUCAAUCUGGAUUGGAGGAUGAUCAGUGGACCAUUUGUUUCAAUAUGGCUUCAUAAUGUACCUUGGGGUGGGGAGGAUGUCAUGGCUGCACCUGAUGCAAAGUUCUCAGAUGGUUAUUUGGACCUGAUACUCAUCCAGCAAUGCCCGAAAUUGUCCUUGCUAGCAUUGAUGACAGCGUUGAAUAACGGAGAUCAUGUCAAAUCACCGUAUGUUAUAUACCUUAAGGUGAAAGCAUUCAUAUUGGAGCCUGGUCCACGCACUGAUGAUCCGACCAAGGGAGGGAUCAUAGACGUAGAUGGUGAGGUCCUUGCCAGAGGAAACGGAUCAUACAAAUGCGACCAGAAGAGUCUGAUGGUCUACGACAAGCUUCACAUGAUGGUCGAUCAAGGUUUAGCUACUCUCUUUUCACCUGUAUAAACAUUUUAAAGGCGUUUACCAUGGACCUGACAUCUUAGUUUGAUUGUUUUUUACCAUAAAGAUCAGAAUUCUGAUUUUCACAUGUAUUGUGUACAUAACCAUAGAAGAGAAAUAAUUAAUAAUGACAUUGUAUGUGAAGAACAUUCUUUAAAGGUUGCUUCAUGCUUGUUGGAUGGAAUUUUUCUAGUUGAGUAACGGGAAGAAUUGUAUUUUUCAGUA